AAUCACACUCCCUCCAUUGUGGGUGUUGCUCUGGUAUCGCACUAUAUAGUAGCGUAAGCCGUUUUCGCUAACAUACGCCAUGAGCUUACUCGACCAGAUGUGGGACGACACCGUUGCCGGACCUCGGCCGGAAAACGGCCUCGGCAAGCUCCGUAAACACUCCACCUUUAGCUUCCGAUCCAGCUCCGGCAAGGAAUCAUACAGUGGAAAUAGAUCGUACGGCGAUGAUGCGUCGGAGAAUGGGAUGAGAGUGACACGGAGUAUCAUGAUAGUAAAGCCUCAGGGGAAUCAGAAUGGUUCGCCGCCGGUUUCUCCUGCCGGCUCGACCCCUCCGGUAUCUCCUUUUGCUGGAGGGAAGGAGUCGUACCGGUUUAGGAGGAGGUCUACACAGGACACACACGAGAAGGCAAAUGGGGUUGGAUCCGGGAACACUCCUCCUCCUUACAAUGUUUGAGGCUUGAGAAGAUCUAUCAUCGGACGGCUAGAGAUGUUUCUUCCCCGUCGGAACUCCUAUCUUUUUUUCUGUCAAGUUUGUGUGUGCAAGUGUGUGGAAGUGCAUGGUCGUUGUACACAGUUGUGUACAUAUGUUAUGUCUUUUUGCUUAUUGCGGAACCCUAGUCUCAGGCAUGUAGAGUUUGUAAUGUAUCUUGCUCUCUGUAUGCGGACUUUUAUAAAGUUCUGUGAGCUGUGAUAGGUGUUUUUCUCUA